AUGAGCUACUUUCUGGACAGCGUCUGCACCAUUGUGGGAAUCUUUCAUAAGUAUGCCCGAUGCCAGCAUGGCAACCUCGCUCUCAACCGGAGAGAAAUGAAGAUGCUUAUCCAGAAAGAGUUUGGUGAAGUCUUGGAGGUGAGCACCAACUGUGGGGAUGAGGGACUAAAUCCUUGCGACCCUCAGAUAAUUGAGCUCACUUUCAAGCUGCUGGACGUCAAUGGAGACAGCUUGGUGGACUUCAACGAGUACCUGAUUUUUGUCUUCCAAAUCGCCAAAGGCUGUUACAGGUACCUGCAGCCCAGGGAGUAUCUUCUUCGGGAUGAAAAUGUGGUUCUCAAGCACGAGUGGAUCAUGCAGAGUACGAUGUUGAAAGAGGCCGGCUAUCUCAUGAACAGCGAGAACGCGAAGAUGGAUGGAGGGACCUGGAAGCGCACAAUGAGCGGAGGUCUCGUGCCUUUGAACCCCGUGGGGCUGAUGAGCGCCAAGAUCGGAUUCAUCACCGAAGCCCAGUAG